AUGAUGUUUGGUCUCUGGGUGGCUGUGAGUCUUCUGGGUCGUGAGUGUGUGUCACUGUAUCGCUAACUGCGAGUUGCACCCUCACGUUCCUAGCUGAGAUACGCGGGUACGGCAGCAUGCGCGCGGGCGAGUAUUCAGUGGUGACUAUGCAUGGUAGUGUGGCUGCAUGCGCGCCAAUGCGGCCCAGCAGCGUUGCAUGGCUCCGAUCGAGUCAAAGUCGUGAGUCACGAGUGGCGCCUCCCUCGCCGCAUUCGGUCACGCUCCCGCGGCUGUAGGUGGUGCUCUCUCGCGCGAGAAAUUUCAACCAAAAAAGACAUCGUCCAUAAGCUUCCCAUCAGCGUGACGAGCACUCCUUUGCUCGACCGCCAUCCCCACCGCCUUGGUCCCCACACUCAGCGUCAACUCUCGGGAAGGAGUCCAAGGAGAGCGCGUGCCCGAUACCAUCUCAAUGAAUUUCGGGUACCGAGUGCCGACACGACAAUAGCCUGCUUCCUCGACGACUCGUGAUGUCCCCCUCACUCUCCCAAAGUGAAUCUUCAAAUACUGCAAUCGCAACACAGCCUCGAUGGACAAGAAUCUGCACUAGUGUUGGGCUCAAUCACUCGAACCUGUCAAAUGCGCCACCGCUGGACAGCUUACCCACUUGCACCUCAACCGUGGAUAUUCAGGGUUGCAAAACCGAAAUUCUGGCCCAAGCAUUCGAAGACCGGACACUGGUCGUCGUCACCCAAAGACCUGGCACAGUGGGCUAUUUUGUAAGUUCUCCGCCAUUGUCGGGUCUUUAGUAGCUAUAUGCGUGCUGCAUUCUGACCACACGUUCCUCGCGUUUGCGCAAUCCUCGCAAUACAGGUGCAAGCAACGACGUCUUCUCCAGAAAGCGCACUGCCGUUAGGUCAGGGCACGUCCUACGAGCUCGGCUUUGAGCGGAAAGAAGACCUCGCUACUUCUGCCUCCACACACUCACUCGAGGAGUUCCCUACCCCGUUGAGCGGCACAACUCAGAAGAUCCUCUUCGGUAGCACUAGGGACGAAGAAGAGGAAGCUCUGUACGGUCUUUACCUCUCCACUUUGGCUGCUGCGCUCUACAAGCAAGGAGACGCUCGUCCGCUGGUGCUAGGUCUGGCUUUGAGUGAUCUACGCUCUGCAACCGAGCAGGAGGACUCGACCUCUGAAGCUGAGCUCGAGAGAAGAGAGGGAGAGAGGCUGAAGGCUGUUGUUGAAGCUGUCAAGGCUUGCCGAGUCUGGUGAGAGACUCUUCGCCUCGCACAGGGCGCUUGCCAAAACACCCAAAACGUGCGGCACAAUUUGGCACAAUUGUGAUGCCGUCGGCUUUCAAGAGGCGUGCGCCUGCCCAGCGUGUGGUCAACACACUAUUGGCAGAUGCAAGCAACGAUGAAAGUGCCAAGUAUGAGGAUGUUGGAUCUACUAAGUCCCACCAAUCACCGCCACAGUGCAAUGGCACGACAGCUGCAUCCGUGCUCAUAGCGAGUAGCAAGUUUAUAGGCCCCACCAACUCGGGCCACGCGAUUCUUGAUCGAUACAUUCAGCAGACCGGCUCUCUGACACAAUGGAUUCCAGGAAUAGAUCUCGGCCACGUGCGUCCUCUUCACAACCUGCCGGCUGAGGAAAUGGCGCAGCAGCAGGCAAAUGCCGACGAGGCUUAUGUGUACGCUGAAAGCUUUGCUCGGCUGUCUGCUGCGCAAGGAGUGAAAGAGGGAACGGUUCUCAUUCUCGGUCCUGGCGCGAGACAAUGGGCGGAACGAAUACCGGUAGACCUGACCGAAACAGCCUCGCCAAGUGCUUCUGCUCCUAGACUCCAAUCUCAAAAUGCAGCGCCUUCACCUACACAGCCGCAGAGAGACCUGGGCAGCGCUUCCAGAUAUGCUGGGAUUGCACCAAAGCCUACCACGGAAGGUGUGCCAGGAAUGUCAUUCGCUACCUCUUCUGGAGACGCAGCUUUUGAUCUGACGAAGACGUUGGGCCACGCUAGAGUUGAGCAGCUCGAGCGUGCUGAAGAGCGCAAGCUGAUGCUGUUCGAUCAGCUGGACUGCCCAGCUGCAGGUGACGAAAGUGGAGCAAGGCCACACGCAGAGACUGUCGAGUCGCGAGCCUUAGCUUGGAUGCGCGCAGCAAUCGAAGCGUAAGUAACCUGGACUUCUCAUCCAUCGUCCCGACGGUGCGCGCGGCUGAAUGACCUCCACAACAGUGAUCCAGGGCGGCGUUUCCGAGUCAUUUUGCUCAACUUGGGCAGCUCAGCCUGGAGUCCAUCUCCUCAUGCCAUCCUCCAACUGAUGCUCUCCGUGCGAAGACUUGCGGCAUCUUUCAAAUCCGCGCUCAUCCAUGCUACUGCUCUGCUGAGCGUCGCUUCCCUGCUGUCGCGCGAGAUGACUCCAGGGUGGCUCUCACGGCUUACCUCUCUGGGCAAUAUCUCUCUCUGCAUCUCUUCAUUCGGCACCUCUUCCCAGCUCUCAGAUGCAUUUCCUGCCCAUACUGGAGCUUUACGGAUAUGCAACGCUUCUCCUAGCAAUGCCUUUGUCAGCCCCUAUGAGCAACCGGAUGAGCUGGGAUACAGAGCUAGGAAGCGUGGGCUGGGAAUAGGGCUGUUGCAUCUGGAUGUUGGAGGUGGAGUUGGGGAGAGGAGGACAAAGGCUCCAGUAGGUGCGACCGGCGGCAAUGAUCAGAAAGCGACGAGCCAUUCAAUCGGCGGUCCGAACCAGAACGCGUCGAGUGCUCUACGUCCGCCAGCUGGAACGGCAGAUAUCGAAGAUGCACACCAAGGCUUGCAUCGGCACGUAGCACGAGUAUCGCUUUCUGAAUCAGAAGGACGCGAUGCUAGCAUCGGCACUCCAGACUUGCUAGUGGCAGCAGAGACGGGAGUACAACCUUUGGAGCCUGGGGUUGCUAGAAGUGGCGGCAUCGUACGACCGUCCGGCGCAUCUAAGCUCGCGAGCACCGACGAUGCAAAGCUCGCGCUUGACGAGCCAAGGAAGUUUGGGGGACUUGCGGCGCUUAGAGCCAGAGGACUGGCCUCUCAGGCAAAAAAGUCGGCCACCAACAUGACCAGUCUAAGCCAGCAGGAUACGCGGAAAGAGGGCAGUGGUAGUGACAAACCCGCACUUCGAGGCCACGACUGGCCAAGGAGAGCAAACGAAUAG